GAGCAGGUAACAAAACCUCGCCGUGUGGUGACCUGUGGCUACAGGCCUGUGUAUCAUCACAAUGGGAAACAAGAAGCAAAGCGGCGGACGUGCCCCUGGAAGGGACAAGUCGAUUAUUGUUAUCCGGAGCUGGACUUUGGUUCUUGCCCCAUGCCUCAAGCCAAACGUCGGCGUUGUUACAGUGAGGCAGAGCUUGCAGGCACCGGCUGGGGUUACUGCCCGCCUUGUGUGGACGACCCCAGGGAGCUGAUCCGGCCUAGAGAUCCCAGGACACCGGACUCGGCGAGACCCUCUGGAGCACCAUACUUCAACCACUCGGAAAAAUGCUGCCCACAUACAGAAGCACCGCUUGCAAUCAAAGGAGGUUUCAAUUUCUGUGACUGGUUGGCUACAGUCAAGGACCGAGAAGCGCCAGAGGAGUUUGAGAACAGUUGUUUCCCUUCCCUGUGUGUAUGGUGUGCACCUGUGUAUGUGGACUGCUGCCCGCACUAUGAUGACCCUGCAGCGUACACCAUAGCUAAAGCUAGUUGAUGUAUGAGCAAGUUAAUGUCUGUCUAUCGUAGGGUAUUUCUAUUAUUGAGGUGUAUACACAUACGCACACACACACACACACACACACACAAACACACACACACACACACACACACACACACACA